AUGACCCUCACCACAGAAACACAGACCAUCCAGACUGAGCGUCUCGUCUACCGGUCGUCUAUUCCCUAUUCGAUGGCAGAAUCUCGUCUCCGCUCAUCCAUUCGGCCGUCGCCGGGCUCGUCCCAGGGCCAGGCACAGCGACCGACGGACCGCGAGUCGUACGAGGCGCGGGUCAAGUCGCUAGUCGGCCCGCACGGGUUCAUGUACUUCCACGAGUUCAACCACGGGCUCUGGCUGCCGUUCUACGUGCCGCCGAGCUCGACUGUUACUGUCAAGGGGGAGAAGAAGAACCUGAACUGCAAGCGGUUCGUCCUGGGGAACCCGAUGAUCGCCAUCACCAUCCUGCAGCACGACCUCAGCGCGGGCCUCUGUGUGCCGGUAGAGUUGUGCCUCGUUGAGGAAGCCGAGGGAGGCGUGAAGAUCGUGUGGUACAAGCCUACUUCUUUGAUCGCUGGGUAUGAAGGCGCGAAGCAGGAGCUGGUGGACGCGGCAAACGCAUUGAGCACAAAGCUUGAGAUGUUUGUAAGGUGGGUUUUGAGAGAUGACGAGGGAGAGGGAAAGCUAUGA